AUGUGGACGCCGUCGCUCAACUUCAUCAACGUGCACUAUGCUUACAUUAUUUCCAUGGGCAUCCUGGGCCUGAUUGUGCUCUACCCAUAUGGAAACCUCAGCGCGAUAGAUUCCUAUUUCUUCGGCGCUAGUGCGUCUACUGAGUCCGGGCUCAACACGGUUGAUGUCAAGGACCUUAAGACGUACCAGCAGCUCUACAUAUACUUCAUCCCCAUUCUCACCAACCUCGGGUUCAUCAAUAUCCUCGUUGUGGUCGUGCGGCUGCAUUGGUUUGAGAAGCGGCUGCAUUGGUUUGAGAAGCGUCUGAAGGAAGCUGCAAUCACGCUGCGGCCUGCAAGAAAUAGACAGGCAGAUGCUGAGGCUGCGCCCGUUCAGGCUGCAGCAGAGGACAAGUCCCCAGAAGCAAAUGCCCCCUCAAACAACGUACAGCGCCACACGAGCAUCACCUUCGGCCCUGACCCUGCCCGCAGCCAUGAGAACAAGGCACUAUACAUCCCCUCUCCACGAGAGCUUGAUCAGGGGCGCCGUAUCGAGGAAGUAGACUUUGAAGGCAGCGACCUGGCUCUCGGACAGGCACGAACAAGCGAUAGUCAAAGCGUUGCCAGCAGCACUGUUACAGGGAGUGUCCGCCAGCGCCAGAUGACACGCCAACUAUCCCACGAUCUCUCCAUCUCAAACAUUGCCUCGUCGUUGUUCACCCUUGGCCCAACGGCCAGUAGCACCAAGCGAGAAAUCGUCGCCCAGCCACAGGAAGAGCCGCUCUCCAAGCAGCUGGCACUACCGGAGCUGUCCUCACAGGCAACCGUGAGUCGGAACUCGAACUUUCGCAAUCUAAGCGCACAGGAUCGCGAAAUGCUUGGUGGUCUUGAAUAUCGCGCCUUGAAGCUGCUGCUAAAGAUUACCACCGGCUACUUCUUCGGCCUCCAUGUCUUUGGCGUGGUCUGCUUGCUGCCGUGGAUUCGCCAUGCGGACCCCAAGUACCGCGACUAUCUCCGCGAGUGCGGGCAGAACAGUGUCUGGUGGGCCUUCUACUCGGCUCAGACAAUGGUGGACAAUCUGGGCUUUACCCUCACCCCUGACUCCAUGAUCACCUUCCAGGACGCAGUGUGGCCCAUGAUCUUGAUGAGCUUUCUUGCCUAUGCGGGCCAUACAUUCUACCCUUGCAUGCUGCGCCUUGUUAUUUGGAUCAUGUCCAAAGUCUGCCCGCGCACGUCGUCUCUGCGCGAGCCGCUAGGGUUUCUCCUCAAACAUCCCCGACGCUGCUACACCCUCCUCUUCCCCAGCAAGCCCACCUGGAUCCUCUUUGGCAUUCUAUUUGUCAUGAACGUCGUCGACAUCAUUUUCAUCGUCGUCCUCGACCUCGACAACACCGAAGUCAACAAACUCCCCGGUGGCCCCCGUCUCGCCGCAGCCAUCUUCCAAUCCGCCUCCGCCCGCCACACUGGCACCAGCAGCUUCAAUCUGGCCAACGUCAGCCCCGCCGUGCAGUUCAGCCUCCUGGUUAUGAUGUACAUCGCCAUCUAUCCCAUCGCUAUUAGCAUCCGGGCCUCCAACACGUACGAGAGCCAAGCGCUAGGUCUCUACCACACCAGCGGCGAGAUCAACGAUGACAGCAGAUCCUACGUCCUCACGCAUAUCCGCAACCAGCUCACCUUUGAUCUCUGGUAUAUCUUCUUGGGGAUCUUCUGUAUCUGCAUCGCAGAGUCGGAUCGUAUUAUGGAUCCUGCUGAGCCGGCCUUUGCCGUCUUCCCUCUUUUCUUCGAGGUCGUCUCAGCCUACGGCAACGUCGGCCUCAGCCUCGGCUACCCAACAGUAAGCACCUCGCUCAGCGGGCAGUUCACAACCUUCAGCAAGCUGGUGAUCUGCGCGAUGAUGAUCCGCGGCCGCCAUCGGAGUCUGCCGUACCAGCUGGAUCGCGCUAUUGUGCUUCCUACGGAGAGACUGGACACGGAGGGUGAGGAGGCGGAGACCCGGAGGAAGAUUCAGGGAUACCCGACUUUGUCCAAGUUGAAGGCCACGUAUACGACUUGA